GAUGACCGGAAGCCGGCACUGUACACACAGAACUUUGGGGAUUGCUUGGGCAACAGCUUGAUCGAUGUCACCCGGUUCGAUGCCGCAUACUAUAGAGACAACAUGACAGUGCUGUUCCAUUUGGCAGGCAGCUCACAGCUGAUGAACGAGAGCCUGAUGAUGUACAUUGGGGUCUACGCAUACGGCGAGAGCAGAUUCGAUCUGACGUUCAACCCGUGCUUUGCGAACAUCCACAGGUAUGUAUGCAUGCGCUUGGCUCUAUGUCCACUCAACCGAAGUGUACCCAUCCAAGCCAACGGCAUCAUCCCCAUUUCGGAGUCUGACGUGGCUAACAUCCCUGCCAUCGCUCUUUCCAUCCCGGACUUCGAGGGUGAAGCUAUUUUGCGCAUCUUCGCCAACAGUACCGAAAGCGAAAUCGGCUGCUAUUCCGCUGUUGUAACAAACGGCAAUUCUUUCAGCCAGCCAGCGUCUGUAGGGUCCGUGCUCGGCAUCUUCACCUUCGUUGCUCUGGUUGCGUCGACUGCCACAGCAGUAUACGGAGAGGCGGUCACGACAAUGCGGCUACACUAUGCACACUCACUUUCAGUCGGCGUGGUUUUUGCUGUAUUUCAACACAUCUUCUACACUGGAGCGCUCUCGAUGAACUGGCCUUCUGUGUUGGUAGCAUGGUGGAGCAACUUCGCGUGGGCAGGCGGCAUGAUCUACAGCCAGAGUAUGCAGAACAGCAUCAACCACCUGAUAGGAAACAACGUCGGCAAUACAUCCCAGGUCGGCGCCGCUGCGGCAGGCUCGAACCAAGACUCGCUUGGCGGUGGCUACGACAUCACGCAAAUCUACAAGCGCGCGGUCAGCUCCGGAAUCAAGCAACGCACGGUAUACCGCCGAGACCUUGCCAACUCCAGCACCGGUUAUAGAUGGUACGGGCACCCCGUCGGCAAUGGUUUACCGCUACCAGGCAACUACUCCGGAUUCGCAGGUACCCUGGCCGAGGAAGGCAUCCGCGCCAGCAACGCCUUCAUGACCGGCUUUCUCUGGUUUUUGAUCUUACUUGCUCUCCUCGUCGGCUCACUGAUGGCGUUCAAGCUGAUACUCGAAGGCCUUGCACGCAUCAACAAGCUCCGGGAAGGCCGUUUCAACUAUUUCCGCAAGCAUUGGCUAGGCUACAGCGCUGCGUUGGCACUCCGGACCUGCUACCUGGCGUUCUUCAUGAUCAUGUUCUUGUCCAUCUUCCAAUUCACGUACCAGUCCUCGGGCGGCGUCAAGGCGAUCGCAGCGAUCGUUUUCGCUGUUUUCCUGAUCGGUAUACCUGGCACUGCGAUUUACGCCUGCGUUUACAAGAGCAGAGUGGACGGCCAUGGUGGUAGUGCUCAAAGUGCUCCAAGCGAGCGCAAGAAUCUGCUCACAAAGGUGCCAUGGUUGGGCCGUAAGAAGGCUACCCGCGCUGAGGAUUACACUGAAGAGGGCGAAGAGAUGCAUCAACCCGGCACGAAGGAGAAGUCGAGGCCUUUCUGGAAGCGGACGUCCACCCACGGCAGCAGCAUCGAUCAAGAAGGCCAUUUGCACAGCAUCCACGACAAUGAGGAUUACACAGCCAAAUUCGGCUGGCUUGCAGCUCGCUUCCGGCGCACACGGUGGUGGUUUUUCACCGUAUGGCUGUUCUACGAGCUCGUACGCGCCAUCUUUUACGCCGGCGCUUCUGGGUACCCGCUUGCUCAGGUCUUCGGUCUGCUCAUUAUCGAAGUGGCGGCUUUCUGCUUCAUCGUCUGGGCCAGGCCAUUCGAGGGCCAGAGGCUCAAUGUGCUUGUUGUGUACUGCCUCGGCUUCAGCAAAGUGAUCUCCGUGGCGCUUUCUGCUGCGUUCGACGUGCAGUUCAACCUGGAGCGCAUUACCACUACCGUCAUUGGUAUUGCGAUCAUCAUUGUUCAGGGCAUUCUGACGAUCAUCACCUUGAUCGCAAUCGUUGUCGGCGCUAUCAGCAGCUACAUGUCUGUCUCCCGCAACCACGAGGACUUCCGGCCCCGCAAAUGGGCAGGCCUCCGAGAACGCUACUUUGACCACCUCGACAAGGCAGUGAAUGAUCUGCCGCCUGAGCCCAAGCCCGAACCGGUCAAAGCUGAGGCUGAAGAUUUCAAGGAGCCCAACUUCGAGAUGAAGAGUGUGCGUCGUCUGGCCAAGAUUGAAGACGAGGAUGAGGAGUUCGCCACGGAAAUGCGCUCCUAUGACCCAGCUGCAUCAUACAUGAGUAUAGACGACUCGACACCGACCCCGCAGCGGCCUCAGAGCACUCACAGCAUGUUCAGGAGCGGUACCGCCACGCCCACCGGCGUCAACCCGGGUCGAACCGCGAGCUUGUACAGCGUCAGCCAAACUAACCUGCCUUUUGGUGCUCGCCCGCACCGGCCAAGCUGGAGU